CGGAAGUGCUGGGAGCACCGGAAGUGGCGGGAGCCGGAAGUGGCGGGAGCAGCGGGAGCGAUGGCGGCGGCCGUGUCGGCCCUCAGCAGUUUGGGGGUGCCCGAGGCCGAUGUUGGGGAGGAGGAGGAGGAGGAGGAGGAGGAGGAGGCGGAGCCCGGCCCGGCCGCGGCGGCGGCGGCGGAGCAGAGACGGGAGGAGCGGCUGCGGCGGUUCCGGGAGCUCCACAUGAAGCGGUACGAGGCCUGCAAGCUGAACAGCCAGGAGGUGGUGGAGGAGGACAAGAGGCUGAAACUGCCCCCAAACUGGGAGGCUAAAAAAGCUCGUCUGGAGUGGGAGCUGCAGGUGCAGGAGAAGAAGAAGGAAUGUGCAGCCAGGGGGGAGGACUACGAGCGGGUGAAGCUGCUGGAGAUCAGCGCCGAGGACGCCGAGAGGUGGGAGAGGAAGAAGAAGAAGAAAAAUCCCGACCUAGGGUUCUCAGAUUACGCGGCGGCGCAGCUGCGCCAGUACCAGAGGCUGACCCGGCAGAUCAAACCCGACCUGGAGCAGUACGAGAAGCUCAAGGAGCAAUACGGGGAGGCCCUGUACCCCAGCUCGGACAGCCUCCUGCACGGCACCCACGUGCCCUCCAAGGAAGGGGUGGACAGGAUGGUGGCAGACCUGGAGAAGCAGAUCGAGAAGAGGGAGAAGUACAGCCGGAGGCGGCCCUACAACGACGACGCCGACAUCGACUACAUCAACGAGAGGAACGCCAAGUUCAACCAGAAGGCUGAGAGGUUCUACGGGAAAUACACGGCUGAGAUCAAACAGAACCUGGAGAGAGGCACGGCUGUGUGAGCCCAGACAGAACCUGGAGAGGGGCAGGGCUGGGUGAGCCCAAACAGAUCCUGGAGAGGGGCAGGGCUGGGUGAGCCCACCUGACCCAUCCCAAACAGAACCUGGAGAGGGGCAGGGCUGUGUGAGCCCAGACAGAACCUGGAGAGGGGCAGGGCUGGGUGAGCCCAGACAGAACCUGGAGAGGGGCAGGGCUGUGUGAGCUCA